GGGGCGGGACUGAGGGUCGCGGGCCGAUGACGCGCAGGCGGAGCCGCUACUUCCUGGAUCCGCCGGCCGGGGCCGCUGCCGCACCCUGCGCCGGAGCCGGGAACCCGGGGCCGCCGCCAUGUCCCACCAGACCGGCAUCCAAGCAAGUGAAGAUGUUAAAGAGAUCUUUGCCAGAGCCAGAAACGGGAAAUACAGACUUCUGAAAAUAUCUAUUGAAAAUGAGCAACUGGUGGUUGGGUCCUGUAGUCCGCCUUCAGAUUCCUGGGAACAGGAUUACGAUUCCUUUGUCUUGCCCCUGCUGGAGGACAAGCAACCGUGCUAUGUAUUAUUCAGGUUAGAUUCUCAGAAUGCCCAGGGAUAUGAAUGGAUAUUCAUUGCAUGGUCUCCAGAUCAUUCUCAUGUUCGUCAGAAAAUGCUGUAUGCAGCAACCAGAGCAACUCUGAAAAAAGAAUUCGGAGGUGGCCACAUUAAAGAUGAAGUGUUCGGAACAGUAAAGGAGGAUGUAUCAUUACACGGAUAUAAAAAGUAUUUGCUGUCCCAGUCUUCCCCUGCCCCACUGACUGCAGCUGAGGAAGAAUUACGGCAGAUUAAAAUCAAUGAGGUACAAACUGACGUGAGUGUGGACACAAAGCAUCAGACACUACAAGGAGUAGCAUUUCCUAUCUCUCGAGAUGCCUUCCAGGCUUUGGAAAAACUGAGUAACAAACAGCUCAACUAUGUGCAGUUGGAAAUAGAUAUAAAAAAUGAAACAAUAAUUUUGGCCAACACAGAGAAUACAGAACUAAAAGAUUUGCCAAAGAGGAUUCCCAAGGAUUCUGCACGUUACCAUUUCUUUCUGUAUAAGCAUUCCCAUGAAGGAGACUACUUAGAGUCCGUAGUGUUUAUUUAUUCAAUGCCUGGAUACACGUGCAGCAUAAGAGAGCGGAUGCUGUAUUCCAGCUGCAAGAGCCCCCUGCUGGAGAUUGUAGAGAGACAGCUGCACAUGAAUGUCAUCAGAAAGAUUGAGAUAGACAACGGGGAUGAACUAACUUCGGAUUUCCUUUACGAUGAAGUCCAUCCCAAGCAGCAUGCACAUAAGCAGAGUUUUGCUAAACCGAAAGGUCCUGCGGGCAAGAGAGGGAUCCGAAGAUUGAUUAGGGGUCCAGCGGAAGCAGAAGCCACUACUGAUUAAAUUUGUCUUAUUAAAUGUUGCAAUAUAGUUUUGUAAAAUCUCCAGCUUUUAGUACAAGGAGGACUGAAAUCAUUCCAUGUUGAUAUAGUUGGGGAGGGAAAUUGUACUUUUUGAAAAAUAGCACUUUUCACUUCUAUGUAUUUUUUAAAUUAAUGCUAUAGAAGAUUCAUGAUUUUUAUUUUUUAGUUAAAGCUAGACAAGGUUUCAACAUAGUAAUGUUUGGUUUUGUCACACUGUUUUCAUAGCGUGUUGAUUCCACACUUUGACAUAAUCUUCAAUAUUUUACAUAGGUGGGCCAGUUACAUAAGGACUUGCUUUUUAGAACUCUGUAGUGAGUUCUGUUUCCCUGUAAAGGGAAGCGGAACAGCCCUGAGGUACUCGCACUUGUUGAGUCUGUGAAGGAGCCUGGGAAGAGGCAGGCAGCUGCUCGCUUUGAGUGUGUGGUCUGUCUGCUGUGACGGAGAACUCACGGCCUACUGCAGCAGGGCUUCCUUUCCAUUGUAGUACCAUUCAGAUUUCAGAAAUGCAGUUCCUGCUGAAGCUCAGAAGGUACCGGACAGCCAGGCUUCCUCAUGGCUCUGCAAGGCUACAGUCUUGUAAGGUCUGUGCAGAGCUUUUGAAUUGUCUGCUUCCAAAGUGAUACUAUAAGGACUAUGAAGCCAGACGUUCAUGUUCAGAUCAGAAUUCAAGUGUCAUUCAAAAAGAAACAAACCUAAAGUAAACAUGUUUGAAGUUUCAAGUUUUUUUUUCUCUUUGAAACCAUGUGUCUUAAAGCAGAUUGUCACAUCACUUGCGAGCAAGUUUUCAGAUCUAAAAUUAUUGAUUUCUAGUACUUAGUAGGCUACCACAGGUAAUACGUAGCCUAAGGAUCUUGUUUCAGUUAAUAAUGUCUCUCAGAACACAGGUUUUCUGAAGCUUUGUAUUUUCAGUUACAACCUAGAAAGUUUUGAGCCUCAAGAGUUCUUUGUUACUUGAAAUAGAGGGAGUUAGAACACUUGGUGUUUAAUCUGCUAAGCCUGCUGCAGAGCCAUAACUGAGAAGUUGUGAAGUGGACUGUCGUGUCCAGGAUUUGGAAGUCCUUGACCUGAACUUCAUGCUGCACAAGAUAAUGUCAGUAAUGUACAUUUCAUGGUAUGAAAUACGAAGUGCUCAUUGCAAAGCCUUAUUACCUGAAGUAAUACACGCGCCUUUCAGAAAUUCAGUGUGUAUUCACAUAGAUCAUAAGAGGAAUUAUGGGCUGAUGGAAAUUUUUAAAAAUAGAUUUGAAUAUUGUGUGUUUUGUUUGUUUACAAAUAUGUAGACUUUACUACUUAAAUAUGCAGGACAGUUGACAGUGAUGUCGCACUUGUUUACGUGAGGUAAACUUUUUAGUUGUACGUGUGUACAUGUCGUCACACGUGCCAUAGAGUGCUGCAGUGAGGGACCUGGAGCCAUGUUGCAGACCAUCACCAGAGCUGCCAUUUCAAGCAGAGGGAGUACUACGUGUCCUGGAUCCAGAGCCAGCGGGGACUGUUCCAAAGCAUCGUGUGCAAUUACGCUCUGAAGUCUAAUACACUACGUCAAAGUCAAUGCACAUUCCAGAAUCCAGAUGUGAUCUUGUAACCUUACUAAUAAUUAAACCAAUGAUUGCUGAGAAUCACGUAUGCAUUUGUUUUAGGGUAUAACUCAUUGUUUACAGUAUGUUUUAGGUGACAAUAGAUGUGAAUAACAUUCCCAAUAAAUUUAUAUAGUAGUGAAAAAUUACAUGUCUUCUGUGGACAUUUUAUAAGUGCAUUUUAUAUCAAUAAAAUUUUUCUCUUUGAGUUGUG